AUGUUUGCCAAAGGAAGACAAGCGUCGAAAUCUCAGCUCCUGAAAUCCACCCCCUUCUAUGCGUAUGCGGAAAACGUGUUUAGUUUCCAAUUACGAUGGAUCACAAGCAAGGGGGACAGAAGUCGCCUUUCGGAUUUGGAAUUCUUUUCGAGGUUGGGUUUCGAGGACAGCAUCAACCAACAUAGUUGGAUAGUUAUGCGUCAGGAUCUUGAGAAAAUGGGACAAGAACUGAAAGCUAGAGCGCAAGGCUCGUACCUCGGGCGUCGGAAACAAACCACUUUGGGAAAGGGAUUUACAGUCCUUUGCCAAGGAAGAAAGAGGUACCCAGCGGCGGAUACAGAUUGGCAUCUAGUAAAUCGACAACCAAGACACUGA